AUACCUCCAAAGAGACCCGAAGCAGCUUUAUUUUGGCAGUCUGUAACAGGCCACUGUGUUUUAAUCAGAAAUGCUGUAAUUUUCAAAUAUAGUUCCUCAGAUGGUCACAUUCAGGGGUCUAACCAGUUGACCAGACUGUUGUUAUGCCACAACGUCUAAAUCCCAGGUUAGAUGACAAGUCACACAUAAUACUUUUUGGGGCUCUUUGAAAAGUGUUCAGAAUCGAGGGGUCUUUCUGCUAUGCAUUUGACAGACCACAUAACACUUAUACAACUCUAAGCAGCCUAAGGCCAGAAUAUGUGAGAAUCUGCCCUAUUUUAUGGACCUAGGGAAGACUGUAUGUCCAUUACUGUUGUUAUGUGCUCCAGCUGCUAGAAAAGUGAGGCUGGCAGAUUCCCCCCAGAGCAAAUGUUCUGUGUAGACGCACCCUAGUGUGGCAACCCCUUCCCCAGGGAAGUUACUUUAGUUUAUUUAUUUAAUUGGUAUUUAGCCGAGAGGUUAAAAAAAAAAACACGCCGUUCAGCCAAACCUCUACUGAUCAAUACAACAGUUUCAUUUUAGACACUUCACCUGUUUUAUUGCAAUUUAUAUAUUUUAUUAGUGCAUUUUUAAUUUUAUUUUUUAGACAGUUGCUGCAAGCGUUUUCUCAUCCUAGCUUUGUGGGGCUGGGGGCUUGAUAUCAAAGCAGUCACUGAGUAGAGGGUGGAUUUAUAAAUUUCAUAUAUAUAUAACUAUCAACCGACCACCACAAUGUUGACUCUACUGCUGACCCACUUAAGUAGGUGCAUCUUGGUCCCUUAGGCCCUGUACAGAUGGGCCCUUUGCGGCUUGUCCACAACAUGCUAAGGUUGUCUUGGGGCGGCACGUGCACAUGCCCCGCAACCCUAGCACAUCGUGCAUGUGCCGCUGUUAUGCAGAGCCUUACAGAUGGCGCGCGUAAUGAUGACGUCGCAGCUGUGCCACCUCCAAACGGCACUGCGCAGCUUCAACGUAACCACACCAUCUCUGGCGCUUUGCGGCACCACAAAAAGGAGUUGCUUUUUGGAGCUUUUUUUCUGCUGCACAGCAGCGCCAUGCAAUUUGUAUGCUGCGGCGCUCCUGCGCAAGAAAGAGACGUGCCUCCCUAGCGCCUCUUUCUGGCAGUCUGUACCCCGCCUUAGUUCUGUGUGUGGCGUUAUUCUUCCAGCAGAUAUUUUAAACAUCAUCAAUGUUAUGUCUUCCUUUUGUCAUGUAGGAGCAAGUGCUUUCAGAGGCCUACUUUUUCUUCUAAAUUGAGUCUGUACAUGUGAAGGAUUAACUUGUGUGUCUUUAGGGGUGUUUUUUCCACGGUUUCCUGAAAGAAGUGAGUUUGACUCUUUGGGAAGGCAGGUUAAAACAACAAAAGGAACCAUGCCCCCCAAGCGCAAAGCAUCAGUCCAAAACCCGGCUCCUGUCAAGGGAAAGAAGGUUAAGGAGGAAGCAGAGCCAAAGCCUGAACCGGAAGAAGACAGUUUUCGUUCCACCAUGGAGGCACUGAAGGCAGCUCCCAAGGAGAAACUAAAGAGCAAAAUCGACUCUGCCUGUCAGCUGAGCAACUUUAGUGAGGCUAAGAUUCAUGAAGACUAUGACUGCAUGCUGAAUCAAACUAACAUUGGCCACAACAACAACAAGUUUUACAUCAUCCAGCUCAUAGAACAGAAUGGGAACUACAAGUGUUGGACUCGCUGGGGCCGUGUAGGUGAAGUAGGACAAUCAAAACUCAGCACCUUCCCAUCCUUGGAAGCUGCUAAGAAGGAGUUUGAGAAGAAGUUUCGGGAAAAGACAAAGAACAGCUGGGCUGACCGAGAAAACUUUGUCCCUCAUAAUGGCAAAUAUACCCUGAUUGAGGUGCAACAGGAGGAUGAAGAAGAGCAAGAAUCUAUAGUCAAGGUGGACAGCACAGAUGGAGUGAAGCUAUUCAAGCAGAGGAUACGACCUUGCUCCUUGGACAAACCGACACAGGAACUGGUCUCCCUCAUCUUCAGCAAUGACAUGUUUAAAGAUGCUAUGCAGACCAUGAAUAUAGAUGUGAAGAAGAUGCCCUUAGGGAAGUUGAGCAAACAGCAGAUUGCCAAAGGCUUUGAAGCUUUGGAGGCCAUUGAGGCAGCCCUGCAGGAGCAGCCAUCUGCCCAGAAACAGCUGGAGGAGCUUUCAUCUCGCUUCUACACCAUCAUCCCCCACAACUUUGGCCGUAGUCGGCCUCCAGCCAUUAGUACACAGGAGGUUGUCCAAGCUAAGAAGGACAUGCUGCUGGUACUGGCAGAUAUUGAAUUGGCCCAAAGUUUGCAGGCCCAGAAAAAGGAGGAGGAAGAGGAGAUGAAGGUGGAGGAAGCACCACAUCCACUGGACAAAGACUAUGGACUCUUGAAGUGUGAUCUUACUCUAAUAGACCCAUCAUCAGAGGAUUAUCAGCUGAUUGUAACCUACAUAGAGAAGACAGGCUGCAGCUACCGAAAACUUCAGGUCCUGAAUAUUUGGAAGGUGAACAGGGAGGGUGAGCAUAGCCGUUUCAAGACUCACAACAACCUGGAAAACAGGCGCCUGCUCUGGCAUGGCACCAAUGUGGCAGUUGUUGCUGCCAUCCUGAAGAGUGGCCUGCGCAUCAUGCCACACUCUGGCGGGCGUGUGGGCAAGGGCCUUUACUUUGCAUCUGAGAACAGUAAAUCAGCAGGAUAUGUCUGCCCCACCUCCAAGAGGGUGGGGAUCAUGUUCCUGAAUGAGGUGGCUCUAGGCAAAGAGUAUCGCAUCCUCCACGAUGACCCUUCACUACGCAAGCCCCCAGAUGGUCAUGACAGUGUCCUGGCCUGUGGCAGGACUGAACCUGACCCUGCGCAUGAUAAAGAGCUAAUCCUGGAUGGGAAAAAAGUACUGGUAUCUCAAGGAAAGCCCAUUCCUAUGAGUCAAUAUCAAAGCUCCAGCUUCAGCCAGAGCGAGUACCUGAUCUACCAGGAGAGUCAGUGUUGCAUUCGCUACCUUGUCCAGCUUCACUUCUGAAGGGUUGCUUGGCCUGCUCGCCUGCCAGGCCUCAGCUAUUCAUUGUUGAGGCUCCCUGUCUUUCUAGAGUUGGACAGAUAUGUGUGAGAGACUGUAAUACCAAUCAUGAGUGCCUUGACAUAGUUGGCAAUGUUCCCCAGAUCUUCAUCAGUGCUUUUUUUCCCCUCAAGAAUUCUGGGGCACCAGUUGGACUGAGAAGAGAGAAAAUUCUAUUUAUUUUUGUUUAUGACUGACAAGUAAAAGAAGUAUUUGAUCUAGCUGGUUGAAAUAUAUUCCUAAGAAAACCUUGUCAGAGCAUAGCCCUUAUAGACGCAAUUUGGACCUGUGUGUCCUAUAAAUAAAAGUAUGUAUUUGUGUGUG